CGCAGCCAGCCAGCCCACCGCAGUGGCGACUCCCCCCCUACUUAGACACUACUCGGUCUCACCCUUCCCCUCCCUCCUUCCCUCCUUUCUUGCUUGUAAAAUACUCACCCCUCUGUUUGUCCAAAAAGCCAAACAAGACAACGACGACGACGACGCACAUCACACGCACUCCUCGUCUCCCAACAAACCUGUCGAGGGCGGUGUAACGGUUCCUCUCUGUCGACAAACUCGACAACUUUUCCUUCUUCUCCCCGGUCGACACCUCAUCAACCGCUACCAUGGCCCAGCAGUCUCUUUCGGACCAGGCCAAUGCGGCGUCUACCGGCACCUUCACGGCGGCUCUCGUCUCAGCCGCCAUUAUGGUUGGCGCCUGUUUGCUUUUCUGGUUGAUCUUCCACGGUAGCAAGAAGCUCGUCACCGUCUUCCAGCCGCGCACCACAGACAUCAAGCUCGCAGAUGAGCGACCCGAAUCUCUGCCACCCAACCCCGUUAGCUGGUGGAGGCGAGUCUUCAGCCUCGAUGACUUUGAGGUUCUCGAGCUCAACGGCCCUGAUGCCUACUUUUUCGUUCGCUACAUCAAGGUCUUCGGCAUCUAUCUGUUGGCCCCCUUGGUCAUCCUCGCGAUUGGUGUUCUUGUCCCUAUCGCUGUUGUUAAGCCCAACAACGGCAAGACUGGUGUCGAGAAGAUGACGAUGGGCAACGUGCCUCAAUCUGCGCAGCUUCGCAACAUUGCUCACAUUGUUGCCGCGGUUAUCUUCAUCUCCUAUACUCUCUACCUGCUUGUGCACGAGUACAACCACUACCUGAGCGUCCGUGAGACCUGGCUCCGUUCGCCCAAGAUCCGUGCUCAGCUCAAGAGCCGCACCAUCGCUCUCAUCAACGUCCCCAAUGGCAUGAACAAUGAGGACAGCAUCAAGGAGAUUGCUUCUGGUGUUGCCGCUAGCACGGAUGCCAACUACCCCCGUCCGAGCGGUGUCACGGUUGACAGCCCCACUGCCGCUGGCCCCAAGCUCGGGGGUGGUGUCACGGACGUUUGGGUUGGCAAGAAGGUCGGCGAUGUGGAGAAAGUUUGGAACAAGCGCGAGAAGGCCAUCUACGGCCUCGAGGGCACCAUUGGUUCGGCCAUUAGCAAGGCUCUGAAGAACGAGCGCAAGGGCAAGACCCCUGAGAAGAAGGGCACACUUGACACCGACCGUGCUGGUGCCAAGCUGCUCGACAAGUACCUUGCUCCCAAGAAGCAGCCCAAGUGGAGGCCCGGGUUCCUCAAGUCCAAGAUUGCCCUCGAUGAUCUCCCCGAGUACAUUCACACCCAGGACGACCAGCUCCAGGAGCUCCGCGCCAAGGACGACUACAAGGAGGGCGAUGUCUCCUUCGUUCGCUUCGCUACUCAGGACGACGCCCUUAACUUUGCCCGCCUCGGCCCCAAGUCCAACAAGUCGUUCAACAGGGUCAAGGCGAGCAUCAACGUCCAGCCCGAGGACGUUAUCUGGUCCAACACCAACAUUGGUUUCUGGCAGCGCCUCGCCCGUACUAUUGUCUCUUGGUCGCUCACUAUUGGUCUCAUCAUCAUCUGGGCCAUCCCUGUGGCCUUUGUCGGUACCAUUUCCAACCUUGACGCUCUCUGUAAGGAUGUUAAGUGGCUCGCUUGGAUCUGCAAGGACAUUCCUGGUGUGCCUCUCGGUAUCAUCAAGGGUAUCCUUCCUCCGGUUUUGCUCGCUGUCCUCAUGAUGCUCCUCCCCAUCGUCCUCCGCAUCUGGAUCAAGUUGCAGGGAGAGAUCCGCAAGAGCGAGGUCGAGCUCAAGCUUUUCACCCGCUACUGGCUCUUCCAGGUCAUCCACUCUUUCCUUAUCAUGACACUUUCGGGUGGCAUCAUCGGCUCUCUUGGUGACCUGCUCAAGGGUAAACUGUCCGUCACGGAGAUCUGCAGCAUCCUUGCCACCAAGCUCCCAGGUGCUUCGACCUUCUUCCUCACCUGGAUCAUGGUUGUGACUUGGUCCGGCGCUGCCCAGUCUCUGGCCCGUGUCGUGCCGUUCGUCAUGUACCAGCUCCGCGGCUUCCUUGCUGGCAACACUCCUCGCAAGGUGUUUGGCCAGACCUUCUCCCUGGGAUCCACCCUCUGGUCUACCGCCCAGCCAGUGUACUGCCUGGUCGUUUGCGUGACGAUUGUCUACUCGGUUAUCCAGCCCCUCAUCACCGCCCUGGGCCUCGUCACCAUGAUCAUCCUCUACGCUGCGUACAAGUACCUGCUUAUCUGGACUGCCGACCAGCCCGGCUACCUCGAGACCGGCGGCCUGUACUACAUCAAGGCCAUGCGCACCGUCUUUGUGUCCCUCUACCUCACCGAGAUCUGCUUGGCUGGACUUUUCUUCCUCACCACGGACGCCAACGGCAAGCGCUCCAAGAUCGGCCUGGCUGGUGGUGCCAUUCUCGUUUUCAUGGGCGUGGUCACUGCCAUCACCCAGGCGUGGAUCGACCACAUUGGCUUCAAGAGGCAGACCAUCAUCUUCGGCCGCUCUGCCAACGGCAAGAGCUCAAGCCAGACCAACCUCAACCAGCUCUCGGAGAAGCUCACUGUCACGUCCAACGACGUUGACGACCCCGAGACUGCUGGCGAUGACGGUAUCAUUCACGACUUUGACAACCCGGCCAUGUGGAAGCCCCAGCCUGUCGUCUGGAUCGCCAACGACCCUCUUGGCAUUGGAAACUCUGAAGCCGAGCGCCUGAACGACCAGGGCAUCCCCGCGUCGACUGAGUAUGCGGUCGAGGACGUCAAGGCCAAGAUCGAGGUCUCUCGCUCCCCACCAGACGAGAAGUGGACCGGAGGCAUCUAAACGCAUGGCUCUAUUCAUUCACACCACCCGAUACCCCUAUAAUUCCAGACAUGACGACUAUGUAGACAACGAAGCACACGACACAACCUAUAUACACGGAGUUACUUGACGACUGUUUAUAAUCGUAACGGUCAGAAGGAAGCUUAUGCAGAAAACGUAAACAUGUC